GAGAUGCGAAGCUAUGCUCGCAGCUGCAUAGUCUCGAUGCAACCCCAGCCGUUGCUGCGCUUCGGAUUCAGAGCUUCGUUGCCUGCACUGAGCAUGCUAUCGUCUUCGACCAUAAACCCUAGCUCCAAUCUUAAUCUCAGAUCCACCUCUCUCACUCCUCCCAAAACCUUCAAGCUCCCUCUCUUCGCGAACCCUACCAUCUCUUGGUCCGAUUCUCACUUCUUUCCUCGAACCAGCGGCAUGGUUCUUUCAAAAUGCUUCGGUGCAACGACUAGUCCCCUCGCUGUCCCGAGGGCGAAAGAGUUGGGAAAUGCGGAGGGCGAGUCGAGUCCGGAGUCGCUUGUGGUGGUCUCCUUCUACAAAUUUGCCGAUUUCCCCGACCACGCCGACUUGCAAAAGCCAUUGAAGGACCUCUGCGAGCAGCUGGGAGCUGUGCAAGAGUGGUUCAGCUACUCUAUGGGAAGAGUACUUCUGGCAGGCUGCAUGGUUUGCACAACUCUAAUCAAAGCUUACAUUGUCCUUAUGCAUGAGCUAGAACUAGUUGAAGUCGCUGGCCUCCAGAUGCUUGGGGAUCUGAGAAUGGGCCUCUGUGAGUAUUGUUCUCCCUGUGAAGGCCUCAUGUUUGCUAUAUUCUCAUGGGAACGUGUUUCAGGUGGUAUAAUUCUUGCUCCAGAAGGAAUCAAUGGCAGCAUAUGUGGAACUCGUGACUCAGUGGAAAAAGUUCUUGAGUUUAUUCAGACAGACAAAUGCCUGAAGGGCCUCAGACAAGUGGAGUCACCUGUAAGCCCUGAGGAAGAGGCUAUCCAUCACGGACACAGCAGCAGUUCUCCUCUUGCAGCUGGAGAAGAUGCACCUUUCCGAUGGGAUCAUGUGAGGGUUAAGUUGAAGAAAGAGAUUGUUUCCCUAGGCAUGCCUACUGUAUCACCUAUUGAAAGAGUUGGAAAGUAUGUAAACCCAAAGGAUUGGAAUAAAUUGAUAAGUGAUCCAGAUACGGUGGUCAUUGAUGUCCGAAAUGACUAUGAAACUAGAAUUGGGCGAUUUAAAGGAGCAGUUAACCCAUGCACCUCAGUAUUUAGGGAGUUCCCUUCCUGGGUUGAUCAUGAAUUCCGACUUAAUGAGUCAGAUGCCAAGUUGGAUUCCAGUGAUUCAGAUGGAAACCAGCAGCAUCAUGUGGAGAAUGAAGGACAGAAAAUGCCUCCUCGGAUUGCAAUGUAUUGCACUGGUGGGAUUCGGUGUGAGAAAGCUUCAAGUUUUCUCCUAAGCAAAGGUUUCAAGGAGGUUUAUCAUCUGGAAGGUGGCAUUCUAAAAUAUUUGGAGGAAGUACCAAAGAACAAGAGUCUUUGGGAAGGGGAGUGCUUUGUGUUCGACAAGCGGGUCUCUGUUGACCAUGGGUUAGUGCAGGGAACUUUCAAGCUUUGUUAUGGAUGCAAGCAACCUGUGAGCGAUUCUGAUAUGGAAGCUCCAGAGUGGGAGUAUGGGGUUACUUGCCCUCACUGCUAUUCAUCAAAAUCUGAAGAGGAGAAAGAAAGGGCAAGAGCUCGACAAAGGCAAUUCGAGAGUUGGGGUAUUAUAGGUGGUCCAGACAAGGGUCGGAGGCCAGAAAGAACAAAGAGUAGUUCCCAGGGUGACACUAUGCUGUCAAAAUCACUGUAG